UGUGCGUGAGCGUGAGUGAUUUAGGACUACUUCCAACACCCCCCUCCUUUUUCGGCGCCUGCCGGCGCGGGAACCGGGAAGGCAGGCCACGUAGCGCCCACCCGCGCGCUUCUCGUGAGUCGUGACAGGCAGGGCAGCCCGCGCACGGCGCCGCGCCCCUCGUCGUCUCGCGCAGGUGUAGAACCGCGGCCGGUGGCACGCACUACGGCCACAAGCUUGUCACGGGAGGGACCGAGGCCAAAACGACCUCUGAUAGCCAAAUCGAAAGCAAAAGGAGAAAUCAUGGCGGAGCGGAGGAUCGGCGUGGCGAUGGACUUCUCGCCGAGCAGCAAGAAGGCGCUGCGGUGGGCGGCCGACAACCUGGUGCGCAAGGGCGACACCCUCGUGCUCCUCCACGUCCGGCACCACGGCCGCGUGGAGAGCAAGAACGUCCUCUGGUCCCACACCGGAUCGCCGCUGAUCCCGCUGGAGGAGCUCUUGGAGCCGCAGGUGAGGCAGCGCUACGACAUGCCGGAGGACGCAGAGGUGUACGACAUGCUCACCGCCCUGGCCCGGCAGAAGGAGCUGUGCGUGGUGGUGAAAAUGUACUGGGGCGACCCGAGGGAGAAGGUGUGCGACGCGGUGGGGGAGCUCAACCUCGAGUUGCUCGUCAUGGGCAGCCGUGGCCUCGGCCAGAUCCAGAGGAUUCUGCUGGGCAGUGUGACGAACUACGUGCUCUCCAAUGCAUCAUGCCCUGUGACCGUUGUCAAGUCAAAGUAGUGGGUGUCCUCUACAGGAAUACGAAUAUGCAAUUAGAACAUCCUUUAAACUCUUGUGUUUGUGUGCGCUUUGUUCUUGUAAUAAAGCGGGUAGAAGUAAAAAUAAACUUGAUGUAUCGCAUCUUACUUCAGCUGUUAUUACUACAUAUCGCGUUGUACCGUCUGUUCAUUUGUUGCCUCUGGACAUGAUUAAAUCAAGGAUGAAUUUGUUUGUGGCCUAA